CAUCACCGCCAUUUUCCAAAUGUAAACAAUGUCGGUUCUCGAGAGAAAGGACGCUUCACGAGUAAAAGAUAUUGAUAAACAUGUCAAAAAUAAGUUUCGAUGGGACUGGAUGGAAAGGACAAUCACUGAUAUUGUUGGGAAGAAGGAAGUUACGAUUUUGUUCGGCGAUUUUAUUCGGAAAAUCGAUCGUCCCGGAAAAGUUUUGUGCACGUGGUGUCAGGAUAAUAUUGAGUAUGGAUCACGAGGUUUUAAGGCUUUGGAAGUACAUGCGAAACGCCAAAAACAUAUGAAACAACUUGAAGCAAGGAAAACGAACAUUUCACUAGCUGGUACUCUUGGAUGUCAACCGAAAGUGAGCAAAACUUACGGACUUGAUCCUUUGUUUACAUCCACAACUGCCGUAGACAUCGAGAGGAAAGAUCCACCCAAACAACCCACUUCAGUUGCAGACAGGGUAGUUAAAAAUAAGAAACGUCAAACUGCUCCUAAAAGACAGGCCGACCCGCCCCACAAAAAGUCACGUCAAAGCCUGGGAAGGAAAAUCCAGACCUUAUUGGGAUCCUCUUGCUCAGAUGAUGAAGAACCUUCACACCUGUUUGCCCCCAUAGGUGAUUCAGAUAUCGAAAGUUCUGACAUGGAUUCAAUGGACCACGUAAGUUGGAGAUGUUUGACAUCAGGAAGUAUGAAGAUGAUUACAAAUGUAAUAAAGCCAUUUGUUUCUUCUCUUUCCUGCACCUUUUCCUCAGUCUUUCAGGUAAGAUCUCUGCUUUCUUAUCAAAUAGUAAAGGCAUGCACGCUAACUUUAGCUAAGCUUUGGAUGACAGUAGCGGUCAGUUACACUGGAAUGUGGUUUCAGGUUUUGAGGUCCGCUCAUAUAGCCAUCUACAUGCGUAAUUAUUCAAAUUGAGUACAGUGGUACCUCAACCUACGAGUACAUUGUGUUCCACGACCAAGCUCGUAACUCAAAAUACUCAUAUUAUAAAGCAGCCCCGCCCAUUGAAAGGAAUUUAAAACAACUUAAUUGCUGCUUAUCCCUCCCAAAGCACCACAAUUUUAACAUGUAUCACGUCUUUUAAAAAAAAAAAAAAAAACAAGAUAAGAAAUAU